AUGUGUCAAAAAGAACCACGCAAACGUUCUCGUUCGAGUACUCGACGUUUGCGAUAUGUACGUUGUGUAUCAUUUUUUAUGCUUGGAUUUUUUUCAUCAACAAUAACUUUUCUUAUAACAUUUUAUGCUACUUCGAAUGCUCUAUCGAAUAUAAUCUCAUCUAUUUUUUUUUCAAAUUCUUAUAAUUCUGAACUUCAAGUUCCAUUAUCACCUCGUGAUGCAAUUAAAAAUUAUCAACCGAGAGAUUUUUUGGGUAAAAGAAAAUCUAUAAAUUAUGAUUAUCAUCUGAGAUAUAAUGAUUUUAAUUAUCGUAAACCUGAAACAUUAACUUAUAAAAGUCGAACAUAUUCAAAUAAUACCGAAAUAUUAUUUCGUUUUCCAAAAACAACUGCAAUAACAGCAUUAUUACUUAUAUUUCAUAGUUGUAAACAUUCUGCAUAUGAAUGGUUUCAUACACCUGAACGACAACGUAUUAUUGGUGCUGCUCUUGAUCUUGGUUAUGCUUGUUUAGUAUUUCAAUCAACUGAUAAAAUUACAAAAUGUUGGUCAAAUGAUGUUGAUCUUUAUCAAAAUAAAGAUAUACAAAUGGUAUUAAAAGGACUUGAAGAAUUUUAUAAAGAAUAUCCUCAAUUAGUGUCUGUACCACGAUAUACAUUUGGUGUAUCAAGUGGCGGUAUAUUUUCAAGUAUCUUGGCUAUUAAUCAACAAUAUCGUAUACAAGGACAAAUUAUAUUUAUUUCAAUUAUUCUACCUGAAAUCUUAUAUACUUAUGUAAAAGCACAAAAUUAUCCACCAACUGUUUGGAUACAUAUGUUACGUGAUGUUGAAUUUGCAUCUGAAACACGUAUUAAAGCUUCGAAACAAAUAUUUAUGGAACAAAAUAUUCCUUGUAAUAAUUUUCCUAUUGAACCAUUACAAGUAAAACCAACGAUAUUUAGUGAACGAGUACCAACAAUAGAUUCUGAAACAUCAUAUUUUCUAUACUAUCUACUUCUACGAAAUCAAUGGUUAAAUACUCAUACUUAUUUACUAUACAAUCCACGUCGUAAAUUUGCUUGGCAAGACUUUUUAUUUCCUCAAAUCGAACAAAACCAUACAAGAGCAAGAAUAUAUAAAAGUAUAAAUGAUCAUAAAAAUGAAAUAUCAGAAUUUUUAAAUACAAUUUAUGGUGAACAUGAAAUAAGUUAUGAACGUUCAUCUGAAGCAUUAAAUUGGUUCAAAGAAUUAUUUACUUCAUCUGUUAAGAAAACUUAA